GCGCCCCGAUUCCCGCGCAUGCGCGGUGCGCGGCGGCGGCGGGCGCGGAGCGCGGUCGGCACCGAGGGAAGCACCGGGAGCGGCACCGGGAGCGGCGCCGGGAGCGCUCACCGCCACCGCGGGCAGCGGCACCGCCUGCAGCCGCUGGAGGAAUCGGCCGCCCCCGGGCCGCCCCCGGGAUGCGGCGCUGCUGCGGCCGCCCCCCCCGCCGGGCUCGGCGCGCCCCCGGGCUGAGCCCGCGGCGCCGCCCGCGGGGCCUGUAGGGCCGGGGCAGCGGCGGCCCGAGGAGCCGCGGCGGCCGCCGGCAGUGAAUGGGCGCCGCGGCGGGGCGGACGAGCCGGAGCCGCCGCCGCCGCGAUGGCUCAGGAGAAGAUGGAGCUGGACCUGGAGCUGCCGCCGGGGAGCGCCGCGGCCCCGGGCGACGGCGGCGGCCUGCGGCGGUCGAACAGCGCCCCGCUCAUCCACGGGCUCAGUGACAACUCCCAGGUGUUUCAGCCUUACGUGUUGCGGACUCGCAGGAACAGCACAACAGUUAUGAGCCGUCAUGGAAUGUUUUUGUCAUCAUCUCCUAUUCGUAUUCCUAGCAGCCGACUUCAUCAGAUCAGAAGGGAGGAAGGAGUGGAUUUAAUGAACAGAGAAGCAGCACAUGAAAGGGAAGUGCAGACAGCAAUGCAGAUAAGCCAGUCAUGGGAGGAAAGCUUGAGCCUGAGCGACAAUGACUUGGACAAGUCUGAGAAAUCUUUUUCCCCAAAGAGAAUAGACUUCGUUCCAGUUUCACCUGCACCUUCACCUACAAGAGGAAUAGGAAAGCAAUGUUUUUCACCAUCAUUGCAAAUGUUUGUGAGCAGUAAUGGAUUGCCUCCAAGCCCUAUUCCCAGUCCAACCAGGCGAUUCUGCAAGAGGAGUCAAAGUCCAAUCAACUGUAUCAGGCCCAGUGUUCUUGGCCCCAUUAAAAGAAAAGGUGAAAUGGAAACUGAGAGUCAGCCAAAGAGACUUUUCCAAGGAACAACCAACAUGCUUUCUCCAGAUGUUACACAUUUGACAGAUCUCAGUUCAUGCCUGUCCUCAGAUAUUCUCGACGGGAGUAGCAGCAGUGUUGGCUCUUCCUCUGAUUCCCUGACUAAAGGCAGCAUCACCACGGAGUCUCCAGUGACGUGCUCCAACUCCUGCUCCUCGUUCAUUCUGAUGGAUGACUUCUCACCCAAGUGACUUUACCAAGUCCUGAGUCAGUGUCUGGCUGUGCUGUCCCCUUCCUGUACACUCGUACAGAGAAAUGAACUCUGAUCCUUGAACCGUUCAUAUGAGGUUUAUUAAAAGGAAAAAUUGUUGUUACUGUAAUCCUUGGCUACUUUCCAGUGAUUUUUUUUUAAUUUAUCCAUUUAAUGGACAUUGUAGACCAUAUUAAUGUCUGGUUUUGCAAAUUUAUUUUUUAAACAAGAUGUCUGCUGAUAUUAUACUAACUUUUGCUUUCAGGAACUUGCAUACACUUUUUGAUUCCAGGAAUGGGUAUCUACCUAUUAGUGUUGCAAUUUUUAGGAAUGUACUUCUGUCAUUAUCAUGGUCGCUAUGUCUAGGGAAAUAACUUGGUUUGGAAGGAUUUGAAAAUACUAAUUUAUUCUCUGGCACUUCUACUAUUGAGUAAAAUUACUCUUGCUUUUUUUUAUUUUUUUUAUUUUUUUUUCCAGUCACUAGCCUCAAAUUCCUUUAUGGAAGGGAGAAAAAAAAAUUAUUUCCUUAGUGCUGCUAGUCAUUUUUAUUCAUUUACAGAAGACCACAUUGAGUGUGGAAAUCUCACUCUAUUACAUUAAACUAAGAACCCCACAGCAGAAUAACUAAUGACUGUCACUUUUGCCAUCAGUGAAGAAAUGAUAAUACUCUGCAAACAAUUAAAUUAGCUGCAUAGUUCUCUUCCCAGAACAUUUGUCCUUCAGAUUGUAUGAAAUAAGGUCAUUAUUCAGCAAGAUUUGGCCAGGAAAAAUUAAUCCACACCUCGAUUGAAGACAUACAGUGCAGAUAACUAAGUUAAUUAAACUACUGUGUAGGAGAACCAUGUAUGGCACCAUCGAUGUCUCCUGUGGCAUUGAGGUCAUGAGUAUUUUUGUGCCUUAGGGGACAUUGUUACAAAAUUAUGGAAUGUAAACCAGAGGGGUGGGUGGGGAAAGUCCUUUGUGUACAGCUUGUUUAUAGAGUGCUUACCCAAGUCUGUCGGGGGUGCUGCUUCCCUUUGUGUUCCUUUCUGAGGUGUGGAAGUGCUGGGGCAGCCCCAGCUCUGAGGGGCAGCUGAGGUGAGACCCUUUGCAGCUGCUCGGGGCAGAGUUUGUCCCUUUCUUGGUCAUGAGCAGAGCAAACAGCUCAGCAAACGUUGGAUUCCUAAGGAAAGGCUUUGGAUUGGAUACAAGCUCUGCAAAUUGCUUGGUGAAGGAGUUCUCUUUGAGCUAUGAGUAGUCUUGCUACAGUACCUUGGUCAGUCUGAGGUAGGAACAGAUAUUUUACUUUUUAAAGACUAUAACGGGGCAAAAUAAAUCCGUUUGUAAUCUACUGUGUUAUGCUAUUUAUUAUUUAUAACUCUGUAAAAAGUCUGUGGUGAUGAAUUAUAGUAUUUUUUUAUGAUUGAAUAAGUUUUUUAUGUUCAGUAAUUGCUGGCUGGUUUGUAUUUAAUACGCAACGUUGUCUGCCAGAAUCAUAAGCUUCCAUUUUUGAAUGUUUGUAACAUAAAUGCUUUUGUUACGUAAAAGUACAACUUGUGAUCUUUCUGAAAGAAAAUAGCACUGAAUUAAAAGUAAGAUUAUGUGCUUUAGAUAUGAGCACAAUCUCUGGCAAUACUGUCUGGCUAAAAGGGAGGGGGAGAACUGUAGUUUUUUCUGUUCUGAAGAAGCCGUUGGGUAUCCAGAAGACAUGUACAUACCAGAUUAUUUUUAAAAGUGUUUCCAUUAAAUUGUAAGAAGUACCAGAAUGGGCCAACAGUGGCACUACUAUUUGUAUGAUCAUUUCCACCUGUGGAACAUUAGUUCCCCACUUCAAAUAAAUGUGCAUAUUGUAAAAUAUUGUCCAUUGGUGCCAUUUUUAAAUGAGCUCUACAGUAUUGAAUGUUAAUUUUAUUUGUAUAUGCACAGUGCUAUUUCUUGAAUUUUUGAUGUCUUAAGUCGCUGAAUUAUUUUUUUAUUCAUGCCUAUAUCUUCUCUGCCUUCUUGGUGUUUAAAGAAGGUUGCUUUUCCAUUUGCAAAAUAUUGAUGAACAGUCUGUGAUAAAAUCCAACCCCUCACCUGUGCCCCGCUUCCCUUCCACCGUGCUUUUAUUGGUACUGUGAUGUGGAAAUUGCGGGGUGCCAGGAGGGGGAACCUAUUGCAUGCUUUCUUAAACCUGAGAAGGGCAUAGCUAUUGCUUCAUUUUGGCUGAUUUACCUGUACAAUUGAUGUAUUCCAGAUUUGUUUGUUAGUGGAGAGUCCUAUCUGAGUGCUGGCCUCUGUAACCAUUCGAAUGUAAGCUGCAUAAAGCGAGCGCACAAAUAGUCACUCUUGUUACAGCAGUUUUUUGUAGUGUUCUGGCUAUUCCCCACUCUUGGAAGGUCUUGUAAAAGACAUUGCUCUUUUAUAAAAUAUAUCCGUACUGCCCGCUCUC